AAAAUGAGAGAGUUUCAGGUUGCUUCGCUCGCGGCUUAUAAAUGAAGAUGAUUACGGGCCAGUUUGUAUUGGCCCACCCAAAUAAGGCCCAAAAAGAUGAAGAAAUAUGCACCAGUGCAAGAAUUGCUAGAUCGAGGCUCGGUCACUUUUGGUCAGUCUCAGACGAAAGUGCUGUGUCGGGGGGAAACACUUAUAUUAGAAGAUUUUUUUCUUCUUCAGGUGUUCUGAGUGAAUCCUUCCAAGAUUCUUCCGAGGAAGUGGAUGACCUGAAGACGAGAAUGAUGAGGGUGAGGCUGGCCAAGAGAAGUGUCACCAACGUUCUUGAGAAAUGGGUUCAUCAAGGCAACCAAAUCACCGUCUCAGAGCUUCGCCAGAUCUCUAAGGACCUUAGAAUGUCUCACCGUCACAAGCACGCUCUCGAGGUGUAUGAGUGGAUGAUUGCUCAUAAUGAGGCUGAGUUAUUAGAUUCAGACUAUGCUGUCCGCAUUGUCUUGAUGACAAAAGUAUUUGGUAUUGAUGCUGCAGAACGGUACUUUGAAGGUCUUCCUCCUAAUGCAAAAACUAGCGAGACAUAUACUGCUCUCCUCCACUGCUAUGCUGCAGCAAAAUUGACUGAGAAGGCUGCAGACCUCUAUGAGAGUAUAAAGGAUUCUCAUCUCUCCCUUACUGCACUUACUUACAAUGAGAUGAUGACAAUGUACACGUCUGUUGGACAAGUGGAGAAGGUCCCUUUAGUUGUUGAAGACCUGAAACGGCGGAAGGUUGCCCCAGAUAUAUUCACUUACAAUACUUGGAUAAGUUCAUGUGCUGCAAUGCUGAAGAUAGAUCAAGUUAGAUGGAUAUUAGGUGAAAUGAGAUCUGAUCCUGGUUUUACUGAAGGCUGGGAAAGAUACAUUAACUUGGCCAAUCUGUAUAUCAGUAUUGGUCAUCUAGUGAAUGCAGAAUCCAGCACCCUGGUUGAAACUGAGAAAGGAAUCACACAAAGCGAAUGGAUUACGUACGACUUCCUCAUCAUUCUACAUGCUGGUUUAGGAAAUAAAGGUUGAAUCGAUCAGAUAUGGAAAUCGUUGUUAAUGACAAAACAAAAGAUGACAAGUAGAAAUUAUGCGUGCAUUAUUUCCUCAUAUAUAAUGCUUGGGCAUUUGAAAGAAGUGGGAGAAGUUAUUGAUCAGUGGAAGCUUUCAACUACUGCAGAUUUUGUUGUUUCUGCCUCUGCAAGGAUUUGGAAUGCAUUAAAAGACAUUGGAUUGACUGAACGAGCCAACGACUUCCACACACUUGUGAUUCAGAAGAACUGUGAUCCGAAUUCAUUAGAGUAGGCCUGAAAAUGAGGUUUGUUUCAGAUAUUUGUACUGAAGAGGAGCCAAUUUAUUUGGCAUUUGGUUAAAUCCUGUGGAAUAAUAAUCCUUGGAAUUUGGAUGUUUGAUAUUUUUUGCCUCUGGAUAUUGAAAUUAUUUCUCAGUGCU